AUGGAGACUGCUCUCAGAAAUAAUUUUGGUCGUCGUAUGAGCCCUCCCGAGUUGAUGUACCAAGUGGCUACACACUGUUCCUUGUCAUCACUUGUAAACCUUGGUCACGCCGAUAUGAAAUGGAGACAAGUCGUGCUCAAGAGACUUGAGGAUAGAGUACGGGUUUUUCUGGAACCUUUUAUGAACAAGGGUUCUGUAGGCACCUUCUUAGAGCUCCUGUCUACAGAAGGUGCCGUUGUAAUGGGUGCCUUGGUUAGGCUGGGAUAUGACCCAGAUCCGGAUGCAUACUGGGAGGAGUAUCCUGUAGGACUUGUUCCUACUUGUAGAGACUGCCUUCGACUUAUAUCAUCCACGCGCGGCAAAUCUGUUGCUAUCUUCAGAUCUAGGGUUGAAACAGUACUUCCCACGGUGCUAAUGGGUGCUACAACUUCGCAGCUUUCAGUGCUAUCUUCAUCCAGCCUUUAUUGUUUCUAUCCUUUGUUGCUUGCUAAAAAGGAAUAUCUCAGUAUAAUUGAGAAUGUUUCUUCAAGGGACCUUCUUCCUUUCCAUAACUUCAACUUCGGCCUCAAGUGUUUGGACGCUCAUCCAACUUCUUGCCUAUAUGCUUGUCCUGUCAAAUGGAGGAACUCUGGGUCAUCGGCUAUAGGAAUCAUGGCUUGGAACAAUUCAUCAGUAACGUCUUCGGCUGAUCAGCAGUUAGCUAAUGAAGAUUUUAUGUGGAGGAAGAAUCGGUUGGGGUGUAACUAUCGUGACACUUUGUUGGUCAAUCAAGACUAUCUAGCAUCUCCCCUUUUCUUGCCCACUUGCUCCUGGUUGUUGGACUCUGCCGAUAGGCAUAGAGGUCAUCUUGCCGGAGAGAGGGGUCAAUAUCGCAAGAAAUGCAGAGUAGUGGGAGAACUUAUGGAGACAAGCUUAAACGCUCUAGGGUUACUAGGCAAUUACUUCGACGAUAUAGUGCCGCUUGAGACUGCACAACACAGGCUCUAUUUGAAAGCCCCUGACCAUCCAAAGUAUGGAAGCGACUUCAACACUGCAUCCAAUACCCUGGACAUACUGCUCAAAUCUAUACCUGGCUUCACUCUUACUGAGGAUGCUGCUUGUCUUAAGACAAUGUACUAUUCAUCUUUACUGGACCUUGCAAAUUAUCAAGUUGACGCGGAGUACAAAGCAUUGAUCCAAACCAUUCAAGGCACCCAUAUGCUUAGAAGACUUGAUAUCUACAACGGAAGACUUGUCGAUGUUACGUUCGGCCUGUCCUACGACGAAGACUUAGGAUUCGAGACCGAAAUACUGGUUAUCAAAGCUUUGCCUCUUCCCUGGCCUAAUCAGGAUUAA